AUGGUCGAAUCAUGGUCAAUGGGUCCCGGUACCUUAGAAGUUCCUCUUUCGCUUUUUGCAAAGAACAGACAAAGGCUUGCAGAAAAACUACAAAGUGGACAAGUCAUUAUAUUACAAGGUGGUGACAGCAUAAGCCACUAUGACACGGAUGUAGAAUAUGUUUUCAGACAGGAAGCAUAUUUUACCUGGUUGUGUGGUGUUCGUGAGCCAGGUUGUUACUUUGCUUUGGAUGUAAGAACUGGAAAGGCACAUUUGUUUGUACCACGUCUACCAGAAGAAUAUGAAGUAUGGAUGGGUAAAUUACUUUCCCUAUCGGAGUUUAAGAAAUUAUAUGCAGUGGAUGAAGUACAUUACGUUGAUGAGAUUGCAGAUAUACUGAAAUCAUUAAAACCUGAUGUGUUGCUCACCUUGGUAAUGAAUAAUGAAAUAUUAUUCCCUAUCAUUGCUGAAUUGCGAGUUAUUAAGACUCCAGAGGAGAUUGAAGUUAUGCGAUAUGUUUGCAAAGUAUCAUCUGAUGCCCAUAAGCAGGUGAUGUUGUUCACCCGGCCCGGUCUCAUAGAGUACCAGUGUGAGUCUGUGUUCCUGGACCACUGCUACCGCGUGGGUGGCUGUCGACACGUGUCAUACACGUGCAUCUGCGGCUCGGGACACAACGGCGCCACGCUGCACUACGGACACGCAGCUGCGCCUAAUGCCAAGAUGAUACACGAUGGAGAUAUGUGUUUGUUCGACAUGGGCGGGAACUACGCGGGCUACGCCGCUGAUAUAACUUGCUCAUUUCCAGCCAACGGCAAGUUUACUGAGGACCAAAAGCUGAUCUACGAAGCAGUUUUGAAAGCUAGAGAUGCAGUUAUAAAAGAAGCAAAGCCGGAAGUUUUGUGGCCUGACAUGCAUUUGACGGCAAACCGCGCUAUGCUCCAACAUUUGAAAGAAGGAAACUUACUUAAAGGCGAUGUUGAAGAAAUGAUCGAGCAUGGCGUGAACGGCGUGCUGCAGCCGCACGGGCUGGGGCACCUGCUGGGGCUGGACGUGCACGACGUGGGCGGCUACCUGCCGCACUGCCCGCCGCGCCGCGCCGGCCCGCUGGCGCGCCUGCGCACCGCCCGGCCGCUGCGGCCCGGCAUGGUGCUCACCGUCGAGCCCGGCUGCUACUUCAUACCCAGACUUUUAGACGCGGCUAAAAAUAACCCACAACAGUCACGAUUCUUCAACUGGGAUCGAGUGAAUCAGUUCAGAGGCUUUGGAGGAGUUCGUAUCGAGGAUGAUGUACUCAUCACGGAAACAGGAGUUGAAAACUUGACAUUUGUACCGAGAACAGUGAAAGAAAUUGAAGAUUUCAUGGCGAAUGGUGCAAACUUCAAAUGAAUACCUAAAUAUUAAUAAUCAACAUUUAUAUUCUAUAUACACGAAGAAAUAAAUAUUUAACCAUAAAA